AUGGCCAAGGUCGUAACCGUCGUCGGCGCCACCGGUGCGCAGGGUAAGGGUGUCGUCAAUGCUUUCAUCAACAACCCGGCCUACAAGGUCCGCGCUAUCACUCGGAAACCCUCAAGCGACGCCGGCAAGACCCUCGCCGCGCAGGGCGCUGAAGUUGUCGCAGCCGACCUCAACGACCUGGAGAGCCUCAAGACCGCCUUCGCCAAUUCCCACAUCAUCUUCGGCGUGACCAAUUUCUUCGAGCCGUUCGCUACUCACAAGUCGCCAACCAAGGCCAUGGAGAUUGAAGAAAAGCAGGGCAUCACCAUCGCCAAGGCAGCCGCGGCGACCCCAACCCUCGAGCACUACAUCUGGAGCACCCUGCCCAACGGCAAGGCCAUCUCGGGCGGCAAAUACCUCGUCCAGCACUUCGAAGGCAAGAACCGCAUCGACGCCUACAUCCGCGAAAAGGAGCCCGCGCUCCUAGCCAAGACCACCUUCUUCUGGGUCACAUGGUACGCGACCAACUACGUCUUCCCCAUGUUCACGCCCUACUACAUCCCGAACGGCAGGCAAACGCCCAUCACCACCAUCGGCGACGUGACGGCCAACAUUGGGCCCUUUGUCAAGGCUGUGGUCGAGCAGCGCGACAAGACUGCCAAUGGCAACAUCGUGCUGGUUGCGACGGAGACCCGCCGGGCAGGCGACAUGCUGCAGGCGUGGGCCACGGCGCAGGGUAAAAAGGCGCAGUUUGUGCGGGUAAGUGGUGAGGCUUUUAGGGAGAUUUGGCCGCUGUGGGCCGAGGAGAUGGGCGUCAUGAUGGAGUUUUGGGAUGAGUUUAGCGACAAGAGCUGGGCGGAGCCAAGUGGCCAGAAGGUGCUUACCAAAGAGGAUUUGGGUGUCACUGGCUUCCAGACUCUGGAGGAAGCGUACAAGACCCUAAAGCUCUGA